AUGAGUUUUGAAAAUUUUGUUAAUUGGACUGUAUCAAUUGAUUGUGGAUCAACAAUUGGAAAUUAUCAAGGUCAAAUAAAAUCUAUUGAUGGAAUAAAUCAAACAUUAACAUUAAAAAAUGCAUUUCAUAAUGGAAUUUUAAUUGAUCAAGAUAGUGGAAAUAUUGUUACUAUUAAAGCUAAAGAUAUUAUUGAUUUAAAUCUUUUAUCUCAACCAGGUUCACUUUUUCAAUUACCAAAAACAAUUCACAAAAAAUCAUUUCAUGAACAAUCACAACAACAAUUAAAAGCUGCACCUAUUGCCAAUAAUGGUAGUAAAUCAAGUAUAUCUAGUGGUAUUAAUCCUAGUCUAUCAAGUCGUUCUCGUUCAUCAAAAUCUUGGUCAGAUGAAGCAACAAAUGAAAAUGAUUUAAAUGAAGAAACAACAAAUCGUUUUAAUUUUGAUUCAUCAAAUCUUUCAUCAUUAAAAAAUUCUUCAAUUCUACAGUCAUAUACACAAAUUCAAGAUAAAUACCGGUGUGAUCAAAUGAUACUUGAACAUAAUAAUGGACCUAUUGAUUAUGAACAAAUUCAAUUACCUCUACCUACUACUAAAAAAUUUUUAACAGAUGAAGGUCUUGUUGUUCCAGGAAUAAAUAUUGAAUUACGUAAUAGAUUAUAUUCAUCAUCUGAAUAUUAUGGUUAUUCAUUAGAAAGACGUAUUGAAUCAAUGGGUCGUUCUACAACUGAUAUGUGUUUGCAUUUAUUAGGUGGUACACAACGUUUAUUAGUUAAAAAUCGUCAUCAACAUCCAACAAUUGUUGUUUUAGCUUGUUUAACUGAAGUUCAAGGAGCUUAUGCUAUUUGUGCUGGAAGAAUUUUAGCAUCAAGAAAUAUUCGAAUUUAUUUAUAUAUUCCACCUAAUUCAAAUUCUAUUCAACAUCAUUUUAUUGAAAAUGAACUUAAAUUAUUUCGAACAACUCAAGGUAUAAUAACAACAAAUGUAUCUGAUCUUCCUCGAUCACCUGUUGAUUUAAUAUUAAAUGGUUUAGAUGCUGGAAAUAAUUCUGAUUCGGUAUUAUUUGCUAAACCAUGGUAUCGUGAUAUUGUUCAAUAUUGUUCUCAUCUUCAAGCAUCUGUUAUUGGUCUUGAUCCACCAUUAGAUGGUGGAGCUAUUGAAUGUAAAUAUUCGUUAGUACCUUUAUUACCACUUGUUUCAAUGUCAUCGAAAAAUGUUGGACGACUUUAUCUUUGUGAUCUUGGUUUUGGACAAAAUGUUUUUCAACAUUUACAAAUUCGUUAUGCAUCACCAUUUGGAGCAAAAUCAUUUGUUGCUUUACAUGAUAAUUAA